AUGUCGACCGCCCUCCGCAAACCCGGCCGCGAGCACUUCCCCAUUUAUCCCAAGGGGUUUAUUGUCUUGAGGAUCCUCCAGCUGGUGGUCGCGGUGAUUGUUCUGGGGUUGGUGGCGUAUAGUAUUCACUUUUUGGCUUGGGAUGGGAAUGCGUUCAUGUUGGCUGUGGCCAUCAUGACAAUCGUCACCUCCAUCUACCACCUCGUCGCCUGGUUCGGCGCCCCAGAAGCCUUCAACUACUGGGCCGUCCUCGCACUGGACAUCCUCCUCAUUGUGAUGUGGCUGGCUUCCUUCUCAGUCGUGGCGGCGCAUAUCGCUCCUUGGAUGCAGUAUUAUGGUAGUUACCUCUAUCUUACCUCGACAUACGAGCAGGCUUGGUGGACUGGGUUGGCGGCUGCUAGUGGGAUGGGUGGGCUUAACUUUGCCCUUCAUGUUAUUUCGUUGAUCAUCCACUCGAUCAGACUCCAUAGACACCGCAAGGAAGGCGGGCACUCCCAGGCGGGUGUGCCUUUUGGUCCUAAGCCUACUGUUGGAACGGUGCAAGUUCCUCAGGGGCAGCAGCAACAGCAGCAGCAGCAGCCGGUGGUGUACCAGCAGGUUCCUCAGCAGCAGUUCCAGCAGCAGUUCCAGCAGCAGCCGCCUGUUUAUCAGCAACCGCAGCAGCAGGUUUAUCAGCAGCAACCGGCGACUCGGGAGAAACAAGUGUGUUCUCCGCAGCCUCAGCAGCCUGUGCCGGUGCCACAGGGGCAGUUUUAUCAGCAGCAGUGA